UGAUGAUAAUGAUGAUAAUAAUGGCGAUGGUACUAUGGAUUAUGAUCAUGAUAGCAGCAAUGGCAAAGAUGAUGAUGAUAAUGACGUUAACAAAGAUGUAGAUGAUGAUAUCAAUAAUGAAGACGAUAAUAUUGACGAUAAUGAUGAUGAUGAUUAUAAUGAAGAUGAUUAUAUGGAUUCUUUCAAUUAUAUGGACGAUGAUAUUUAUUGCCUGAAUUAUUUUCUUAAGAACUAUGAUUCUUUUGAUAGCGGCAACAACGUUAAUAAUGACAUGAACGAUACAAACACAGAUGAUGAUACAGACGAAUAUUCCAGUGAUUAUAGUAUAAGUAUGGACAUAAUGAUGUAUUUAAUGACAGAUCCCUUCGGCGAGCUUGAUAUUUAA